GCACAACAAUCGCCCCAUCAACAGACUAUUCGGCAACAGCAGUCGAAAAUACAUCACCCACAAUUAUCACCACAUCAUCCAACAACCCCCAACAACAAGUGCAUGAACCAUAUCAACAGCAGCACCAGCACCAGUUGCUAGGCGAUGCGUUUGCUGCAAUAUUAACGGUCACACAAGAUGUACCCGCUAGUUUCAAGUCAAUACUACAACAACAACAGAUUUCACAAUUUGAGUCACAGCCACUGCCGACGUCAACGCCUACUCAGAUCCUAACACAGACGCAGACAGCGAUACAACAACGACAGCAACAACAGCAGCAGCAACAAACCUGCCUUCCUUCUGAGAUGCUACAAUGGAAUGAUAGAAAUAUUAUGUCAGUUUUGAAAAAUUGCCUUGGAAAAGAGUUGAGUAAAGUAACGAUGCCUGUUACUUUAAAUGAGCCAUUAAGCUUUUUGCAAAGAAUAUGUGAAUAUAUGGAAUACGCCGAAAUAUUAAAUAAAGCCAAUAAGGAGGAAGAUCCUGCUGACCGAAUGAAGCUCGUUGCAACUUUCGCUGUGUCGGCAUUAGCAUCAAACUGGGAACGUGUUGGAAAACCAUUUAAUCCACUUUUGGGAGAAACGUAUGAACUGCGAAGGAAUGAUUUCAAAAUUUUAUGCGAACAAGUAUCACAUCACCCACCGAUUUCUGCUUUUCAUGCCGAAUCUUCUGACUACAAGUUCUAUGGAUCGAUUAACCCAAAAAUAAAGUUCAUGGGAAAGAGUAUAAAUAUCCAGCCCAAAGGAGUGGUUACUGUUGAACUAACCAG